AACUGGCGACCGGCAGAAGCAGUCUUCUUUCUCACACAUCUGCAACACUCGACUCGAGACAACAGACUAAAACACUCACUAUGUUCGUGACACCUCUCCUAUUUGCCAUCGUUGCUACUCUGGCGUGGCAAGAAACAUCAGCCACCAACGUUCUUCCAUGCAAAUUAAGGAAAGGUCACAAUGUUGAUGUUCGAUCAGUGAAAAUUAGCGGAUGCGAAAAAUACCCGUGUAAACUUAAAAGAAAGACAACAGUUCAUGUUGAAAUGGAUUUCGUGCCAAAUCUCAACAUCGAACCUGGCAAUCUCCGUGCCAACGUCCAUGCUCUGAUUGUCGGCGUUAACGUACCAUUUUUCGAAAUUGACGGAAAAGACGUUUGCCAAAAAGUUUUCAAGGAAAAAGACGGUUCGAUGAGCAAAGUCGGCUGUCCUCUGCAAAAGGGGCAAAAGUACGUGUACAAAGAUUCGUUUCAUGUCCACAACAUCUAUCCAAAGAUUAAAACUUCCGUGCACUGGCAGUUAUCAGAAGGACGAUCUUCUACACCAGUCGGCUGUUUUAAUGUACCAAUUCAAAUCACAGAUUAACCUUGCAUUAUGUAACUCUAAAUUAAAUAAGUAAUUCCAAACAAAAUAAAUGUUCAGCCUUUUCUGUAUGAAGUAUUCCCUGUAAAAACAUAUUUGUAAAGCAGAGGGCAGUAUGUAAAGAAAAUUUUUAACUGUAGCCAUAUUAUGUGAAGUGAAAAAUAUAUUUACAUUUUUGUUAUGUUU